AUCCUUUUAAUAUUUUGAACCAAAAACACUAAUGUUCGAAUUCUUGCCUAUAAUUUCUUUUUUUUUCUUUUUUUGGUGGAACUCAGAGCUUAAAACCAAACUUAAGUAAACAUUUGUUUUUUACUUGUAAUUUUCUUUUGCUCUAAUUUCUUGGGAACCAAACAGAUAGAGAUUACGAUUUAAGAAAGAAUAAGCCGGAAGUAAGAAUAAUAAUGGCACAACUUACAAUAAAAGGUUUUUUUUUUUUUCCAAACAUCGGGAAUUCUUUGGCUCCCAAGAUUACAGAGUUUGUUUUUUUUUUGACAAUUUUCAAGUUACUAGGAAUUAGGGGAAGAGUACCAGAUACAAGUCCAAGAUGGGACAGAAAGUGGCUACGGCAAUUAAUUACGUAAGAAGCCAGUCUAAAACGACGCGUUUUGCCUUGUGUAAACAGUAACCACUCACCGUUCAUCUCGAAUGACUCGAGCUAAUCUGCAAGUUAAUCUGCAGCAAUCUUUCCCGGGAAGCAAACGGAAAAAAGGAAAAAAGAAAUGAAAAUCCUAAAGCUUAUCAGCCAAUACUCCACUCUCACUCACAGAAGACCCUUGAAAAAGUUUCAGUUGGAAUCCAAACAAUGGUUCUCCACAUACAGAGAGGAACCGGAGCUCACGGAUCUCAUCCAAUACAUCGAUUCUCUCAAAAACUACGAGAAGUUGGGCGUCCCUAAAGACGCCGGUACCGACUCCGAUGAUGGGUUCGAUUUGCGCCGGAUGCGACGCCUAAUGGACCGCCUUGGUAAUCCGCAGUCUAACUUCAAGAGUGUUCACAUUGCUGGGACAAAGGGGAAAGGAUCCACAGCAGCUUAUCUAUCCAACAUUUUGCGGUCGGAAGGCUAUUCUGUUGGUUGUUAUACUAGUCCACAUAUACUGAGUAUAAGGGAACGUAUGUCAGUUGGAAGAGUGGGGAAGCCGGUGUCUUCCAAGACCUUGAAUUGCCUUUUCCAUAGGAUUAAGCAAAGUCUUGAUGACGCUAUUUUGCUUGAACAUGGGUGUCUUACUCACUUUGAGGUUCUUACUGCUGUGGCAUUCACUUUAUUUGCUCAAGAGAAUGUUGACAUUGCAAUCAUAGAGGCUGGGUUAGGUGGUGCUAGGGAUGCUACCAACAUUAUUUCUAGUUCUGAACUUGCAGCAUCCAUCAUCACAACAAUAGGCGAGGAGCAUUUAGCUGCUCUUGGGGGUUCUUUGGAAAGUAUUGCAAUGGCAAAGGCUGGAAUCAUUAAAUAUGGUUGUCCAUUGAUUUUAGGUGGGCCUUUUCUUCCACACAUUGAUUGCAUUCUUCGUGAUAGAGCAUCACUAAUGUCUUCACCUAUAAUAUCAGCAUCUGAUGCUGGAAUUAGAAUAGCCAUAAAAGGAAUCAGUGCAUUCAAGGGUCGACCUUCACAAUCUUGUGACUUGAUUAUACAACUUGACCAUGACUUUCAGCUGUCCAUUGAGUUAUGUGAUCUAAACCUGUCCAUGCUUGGAACUCAUCAACUUCAAAAUGCAGUGACCGCAGCAUGCACAGCGCUUUGCCUUCGGAAUCAAGGAUGGAGAAUCUCAGACGGAUCUAUUAGGGCUGGCUUGGAGAAUACAUGCUUGCAAGGAAGAAGCCAAUUUCUUACAUCCAAAGAAGCUGAGACAUUAGGAUUACCAGGAUCAACAAUAUUGCUCGAUGGAGCCCACACAAAAGAAUCUGCUAAAGCUUUAUUGGAAACAAUACAAAUGACAUUUCCGGAUUCACGAUUGGCUAUUGUGGUUGCAAUGGCUAGUGAUAAAGACCACUUAGCUUUUGCUAAAGAGUUUCUUUCAGGUAGACAAUUAGAGGCUGUCUUCCUAACAGAAGCUGACAUUGCUGGUGGCACAUCUCGAACCACUUCAGCGUCUGUUUUAAGAGACCGAUGGAUGCAAGCUUCCAGAGAAUUGGGCAUCAAAAUUCUUCAUGAUAGAAUGGCAGAAUGUAGAGAAUUGUUUGAGGACAAAUUUAUUUGCUCAACAAGGGACUCAGAACGUGAAAUCAUAGUGGCCGCCGACUAUUCACUAUCAGAUUCACUAAGGUUUGCUAAUCAAAUUCUUAGAGAAAGAACACAGAAUGGGCCAGGUAUUCUUGUGGUCACAGGAUCUCUGCAUAUUGUUUCACUUCUAUUAGCUUCUCUUAACAUGUAAUGUUGUUUUUGUCACGAUGAACUCAGUAGUCACAUUGUGCUAUCUCAUGCAUGUCAGAAUCAGAGAUUUGUUUGUGAUUCACUUGCCAAGUAAUUUUUUGAAAAAAAGUUUCAUGCCAUGAUGAACUUUUCUGCCAUACUGCCCUAAAUUUGGUGUACAACGAACAAUGUUAUGAAAUAUUAAUGGUCUUUCCGGGCCUGCAAA